ACAUCAAAACCCAUCCACCUCCCUUCUUCCUCUCCAGUCUCCACGACAACAACCCCACCCAUCUCCUCCUUCACGAACCUUCUAGAACCCCGUCCAGAACCCUACCCAACCAUGGCGGCCUCCCUCCUCUCCCGCGCCGCCGCUGCCGCCGCGGCGCUGCGCGGCGCGGCCCGGCCGAACCACCUCCUCGCUCGGGCCUCCCUCCCCAAGGAAACCCUCCUUCCUCCCCUACUACUACUCAUCAUCAUCAUCACCGCCGCUACGCCCCUCGCGGGUCGGGUCGGGUGGGCGGCGCGCGCGGCGGAGGGCGCCGGUGGGCCCCGGUGCGGCCCGUCGCCACUGCUGGGCGCGUUCGGGAUCGCGGCGCGGUGCAACGCCACGUCGUCUUCGUCCGCGGUGUCCGAGGCCACCGGCGUCCACACAGUGCCCCCGACGGAGCCCGUGGUGUCGGCCGAGUGGCUCCACGCCAACCUCAAGGACCCCGACGUCAAGGUACUUGAUGCCUCUUGGUAUAUGCCUGCAGAACAAAGGAAUCCAUUACAAGAGUACCAGGUGGCCCAUAUCCCUGGUGCUUUGUUCUUUGAUGUUGAUGGAAUAUCCGACAGAACAUCUAGUUUACCACACAUGCUGCCAUCUGAAAAGGCAUUUUCAGCUGCUGUAUCUGCUCUUGGCAUCUACAACAAAGACGGGAUAGUAGUUUAUGAUGGAAAGGGGCUGUUCAGUGCUGCUCGUGUUUGGUGGAUGUUCCGUGUAUUUGGACAUGAUAAAGUUUGGGUGUUGGAUGGAGGUUUGCCCCAAUGGCGCGCUUCUGGGUAUGAUGUUGAAUCAAGUGCCUCUAGUGAUGCCAUCCUAAAGGCCAGUGCAGCUGGUGAAGCAAUUGAGAAAGUUUACCAGGGUCAAUUGGUUGGUCCAACCACAUUUGAAGCAAAGUUGCAGCCUCAUCUUCUUUGGAGUCUUGAUCAGGUGAAAGAGAACAUCAACACCCAGACACAUCAACUUAUAGAUGCUCGAUCAAAACCUAGAUUUGAUGGUGCAGUUCCCGAGCCACGAAAGGGGAUUAGAAGUGGGCAUGUGCCUGGGAGCAAAUGUGUUCCGUUUCCUCAGGUUCUUGACAGCUCACAAAAGCUAUUGCCUUCAGAUGAGCUCCGUAAACGGUUUGAGCAAGAAGGAAUAUCACUUGAUCAGCCUCUUGUUACCUCUUGUGGCACUGGUGUGACAGCAUGUGUAUUAGCCUUGGGCCUUCAUCGACUUGGCAAAACCGAUGUCGCAAUUUAUGACGGAUCGUGGACCGAAUGGGGCGCCCAUCCUGACACUCCAGUUGCAACUGCUGUUUAGUCUCUUCAUAAUAGGACGCCCGUGCUCUUCAUAGAGGACCUCUUGAUUGUAUUUGCCCCGUGCUGUGAUUCUAUGGAGGUUGGUUGGAUGCUUGGAUGUAAGGCUGGGGAAGCGAAGCCUUUUGGCCUUCACUGUAAAAGCUGCAACAGAAAAACUGUCACAUGCACUGAAUUAUAAGAUAACUCCCCUUGAUCUCUC